AUGGGCUCCCUGGAAUGGUUCAAAGAAGUUGGGCCGCUCAUCGAGAAGACGGGGGAGACGCCUCCGAUGGAGUGCAUUCAGAACGCGGGGGAUUUGUUUUACGUGCCCGCGAACUGGAGGCACAUGACCCUCAACAUCGGGGAGAGCAUUGGCGUGGGCGGCCAGGCCGUGUACAGCGGGGAGGCGCGCUUGCAAGACGGGCUCGAGCUGCUGCAGCAGAGACCCGGCGAUCCCGAGCUGCUUCACGCCAUCGGUGUCGGCUUGGCACACCGGGGGAUCUCGGCGCUCGAGUACGAGGGCGAAGGGGUCAAGAUCGAGAUGGACCACUCAACGGCGAUGGACAUGAUCAGGGCUAGGCAGAUGCUUCCGGCGAAGCAGACGAUCGAUCUCGCCUCUGAGAACCUCAGGAAGGCGAUUGCCGACAGGCCGGGGUGCCCGGAAACGCACAUCAUCCUGGCGGAGACCCUCCACAAGGGAGGGGACGGGGAGGAGGCGGAGAAGGUGAUCGAGGAGGCGUGGAAGAUCUUCUCCAGGGAUGCGCUACCGGAUGGAGUGCCUGACUCGACACUCGCCGUGGUACAGCUUAACCUCGCCCGGUUCUUCUUGCAAGCGCAGGACGGGGACAAGGCGGAGGCGUACCUGAGGAACGGAACCCUGUCGUUGCUGCCCGAGCACGGCGACGCCCUGGCCGACCUGGCGGUGGCGAUGGCGAUGCAGGGCAAGGAGAACCCGGCCAAGCUCGAGCAGGCGGUGAUAAUGAUCGAGAAGGCCGAGAGGAACGGAGCUUCGGGAAAGAGCUUCGAGAACCGCCGGGGGUUCGUGAUCGGGCGGAUGAUGGACAGGGACAAUGAAGCUGAGGCGGAGGUCGAUGAGGCUGAGUUGAGUGAAGAGUUGUGAAAGAUGCCGUGGCGGGGGGGGGGGGG